CAUAAAUAUAGGUCUUGCCUUGUAUCACAAUUAAAAGUGUUCAGACAAGAUGUGGGUAUUUUACUCAAUUUUAAUGGGAUAUUGUUUCCUAUUGCCCCGAGGGCAUGGAUCGGUGGACAAGGAGUUAUCCUUAGUUGUAAAAGGUCAACAGAAGUGUUCAAACGGAACAGAGGAGUGCCAUAGCAUUAAAGUACGGUCUGCGCUGCACAGUGGCUCAUUACACUUUGCAUAUAUACCUCACCACGUACACCCACCAUAUGGCUAUUGGUGUCCACCAGGAAAUCAUUGUCCUCCCUUUGUAAAGGAUCCUGGAGCAACAAACGUAUGGGGACCAGUACCGCCACCGGGGUCAGGAUCAUGGGUACCACCGGGAACGGGAUCUGAAGCACCGGGACAAUGUUGUCAGGGACAGGAAUCGGGAGCACAGAGACCGGGAUCAGGACCACCGACACAGGGAUCGGGAGCACAGAGACCGGGAUCAGGACCACCGACACAGGGAUCGGGAGCACAGAGACCGGGAUCAGGACCACCGACACAGGGAUCGGGAGCACAGAGACCGGGAUCAGGACCACCGGCACAGGGACCGGGACCACAGGGACAAUGGGGACCGGGACCACAGGGACAAUGGGGUCCGGGACCACAGGGACAAUGGGGACCGGGACCACAGGGACAAUGGGGACCGGCACCACCGGUAUCGGGAGCACCGGGAUCGGAAGCACCGGUAUCGGGAGCACCGGUAUCGGGAGCACCAGGAUCUGGAUCACCAGGACCGGGAACACCGGGAUCGAAAGUACCGGGAUCGAGCUCAACGGGAUCACCAAUCAAUAAAAUGAAUAAUACUCUUGAAGUUAAUCUGAAUAUUAAGAGAAAAAAGCCAGCUCAAGGCUAAGGUUCCUUAUUAUGCAUUGUUAUUGUAUUGUUCGAAGCUGAUGUGCUAUAUUUAACAAUAAUCAAUAAAAAUAAAGCAUAUUAAAAAUA